GCCCGCCGGGAGCCGGCUGCAGCCGCCAAGAUGUCGCAGACUAAGAAGAGAAAGCUUGAGUCGGGGGGCGGCUGCGAAGGAGGGGAGGGAACUGAAGAGGAAGAUGGCGGGGAGCAGGAGGUGGCCGUGCCACGACCCCGGAGGACUAAGCGCGAGCGGGACCAGCUGUACUACGAGUGCUACUCGGACGUGUCGGUCCACGAGGAGAUGAUCGCCGACCGCGUCCGCACCGAUGCCUACCGCCUGGGUAUCCUGCGGAACUGGGCAGCUCUGCGAGGCAAGACCGUGUUGGACGUGGGUGCAGGCACCGGCAUUUUGAGCAUCUUCUGUGCCCAGGCCGGGGCCCGGCGCGUGUACGCGGUGGAGGCCAGUGCCAUUUGGCAACAGGCCCGGGAGGUAGUGCGGCUCAACGGGCUGGAGGACCGAGUGCACGUCCUGCCGGGUCCGGUGGAGACGGUGGAGUUGCCAGAGCAGGUGGAUGCCAUCGUGAGCGAGUGGAUGGGCUAUGGACUUCUGCACGAGUCCAUGCUGAGCUCUGUGCUGCACGCGCGGACCAAGUGGCUGAAGGAGGGCGGUAUUCUCCUACCGGCUUCCGCUGAGCUCUUCGUAGCCCCCAUCAGCGACCAGAUGCUGGAGUGGCGCCUAGGCUUUUGGAGCCAAGUGAAGCAGCACUAUGGCGUGGACAUGAGUUGCCUAGAGAGUUUCGCCACACGAUGCCUCAUGAGCCACUCGGAGAUCGUGGUGCAGGGUCUGUCCGGCGAGGACGUGCUGGCCCGGCCACAGCGCUUUGCUCAGCUGGAGCUGGCCCGCGCCGGCCUGGAGCAGGAGCUGGAGGCCGGGGUGGGCGGGCGCUUCCGCUGCAGUUGUUAUGGCUCAGCGCCCAUGCAUGGUUUUGCCAUCUGGUUCCAGGUGACCUUCCCUGGAGGAGAUUCGGAGAAACCCCUGGUGCUGUCCACCUCGCCUUUUCACCCAGCCACACACUGGAAGCAGGCACUCCUCUACCUAAACGAGCCGGUACAAGUGGAGCAAGACACGGACGUUUCAGGAGAGAUCACGCUGCUGCCCUCCCGGGACAACCCUCGUCGCCUGCGCGUUCUGCUGCGCUACAAAGUGGGGGACCAGGAGGAAAAGACCAAAGACUUUGCCAUGGAAGACUGAGCAUUGCCUUUUCUCCCAGCCCCACCUCCUAAGGCAGCCUGGCCUGUUUGGGAGAGGCAUAGGGAGGUCGGAGGAGAAAGGGAGAUCCCAUGUGCAAGUAUCGUGUGAUGGUAUCAUCAUGGCUAUACAUGAAGAGCAAUGUAUGACCCUGGACACCAAAUGAUCCAAAGGAAAACCAAGACUUUUGGAGUGAGGAUACUUCCUGAAGGAUGCAAGUCUAAUAUAUAUCAGUAUACAGGCAUUGUCCUCUCUUGUGGACUGGUACUGAUUGCUUGGGGCCAUUCGGGCCCCAGGCAAGAAUUCCCAGCUCCCCCAAAAACAUGGUAAAGUUAUACUUGUUUCCCUCAAACAACUUACAUUUAUUUAACCCUAUGAAAUGUCCCAAAUAUUUUCAUUAAUUCAUUGGACCAAUGAAUAUUUUAUUGAUUAUAUGAAGUAAUAGUCAUUGUUAUAACCAUGUAGGAUACAAACCAAUAGAACAGAUUCUGCCUUCAGAUACAUACCUUUAUAAGAUAAACUACUAAGUAUAAUAAACAACAGGCUAAGGACUGGGUUGGUCUUGGUGUUAGGAAGGACAGAUAAUUAUCUUCCUUUCUCACACAGAUUUACACAGAUAUUGAAGGAUUUGCAUAACGUUGUAUGUCUGAUAACUUAAGUCCUCCUAACCUCAAAAAUUCACUUUUUCAUUAUAUCAAUCCUGCAUGCUUCAGUCAAAAACAUAAAAGUACAUACCUCCUGAGUAGGUAACAACUAAUUUUAUCCUUUUAUGACCAAGAAAGGGAAAACUCCUUAGCCCUUGGAAGUCUCACUGGAGAGCUCUUAGGCCUUGAAAAACCACCCCCUUUAAGAAUAGGGUCUCAAGGUUUGACAAAUACUAAGCACUCAUUAAACACUCCCAAUACCCAUUCUUUAACAGCUAAUCAAAUGUGAUACAUAUCCUGAGGCCCCCAGAAAACUGAAUCCUCAACACUGUGAGGCCAUUUGUCCUUGGUCCUUGGUAUCAGAGAGAGAAGAACCAGAUGAGUUUGAAAGUGAUGCUGAAAAUGGCCUAGAGUCAAGUAGGUAAAAAUGUGAAAAGCAUUUCAGCAAACAACAUUUUGCUUAUGGUCAGCCCUAUUGUUAUCUUCAUACUUCACACUACCUAAUGUGGCUGAGGGAUUGGUCUUGGGGGCACUUAAUAACAAAGAUACCCCACUCUUGCAUGUGCAUCUUUUGAUGCAUUGAUUUAUUCACUGAUCCAAUGAACCAGCAAUAUAAAUUCUAAAUAAGUAAAUUCUACUUGACUAUAAUAUGGUAGGGAACUUAAUUAACAACAUCAAUAAUUUACAUGCAUUGUUGAGUCUGGAAAAGCUUCAUUCAACUAAACCUUAUCUCUGUUGAAGCAAGAUUGGAAAGGCAGCAAAAAUAUAGCUUAUACUCUCAGAUACAUAAUGAAAUCCUCAGGAAAAAAUCCUCUCUGACAUUAAUUCCAGAAACAAAGUCUAUAUCCUCUGAAUAACUGGUUUGUUUCAUAAAAGACAUAGCAUAUUGGUUAGAUGACCCUCCACAAUGGCUGCUAGAAGGCUGAGCCAAUUUUAUGCCUCACUUGUCCUAUUUUUUUUUUUUUAAUCUUUGCAUCUGGCUCCCUUCCACACUCUAAUUUUUUCUCUGAUUUUUCCUCUCACACUUGUAAUACAUCAUAUAUGUUUUGUUGGUAUUUAUGUAACCUUUUUCUAUUCUAAAUUUUUUUGACAUUAAAAUGUUUUCCUACUUGAAAUACCUACAAGAUGUCUGAGGGUGGGGAGGUUAGAGAAAGGACCCGAGAACUCAGAUACAUGUCCCCGUAAUUUCCUACAAAAUGUGUUUGUCUCCGAUUUUUCAUUGGGUUGGACAGCUGAUUUGAUUCCCAUACUUUUAGCCAACUUUACAGAAUAAUACAUUUUGUAGAAUCAAAAUUUCAGAGUAUAUGAAAACUCAAGACAUGUAGAGAAUCUCGAAUAAAAUCGUGAAUAAAGCUCUUUUGAAGCCUAGGACAAGUCUUGAUUAAAUCUUAAACACACUUAGUAAGAAGAAUUAUAGGUUUCUAAACCUUUUUCAAAAAUGUGUCAAAAUAGUUAUGGUAACAAUAAGGCGGAAUGUGGCAUAAUUAGACUAUUUGUCAAAAUAUUGUACAUAUUUGCAGGUAAAGAAACAAAAACCUUGGACCUGAUUAAACAUUAAGAGGAUUUUAAUAAAAAUCAGGACAUGACCAGUA